CUGGCCACUCUGAAGCCAAAUACCAUCCCACACAGACUGAAAAUGUCAAAUAUACAAGUGCCCGUUGUGACGGUCGGCCCUUUAGGAGACAAUCCAGUUCAGAUUGCCUGCCCAAAGUGCCAUCAGACUGUCCUCUCCAAGGUAGAACAUACUUCUGGAUUACUCACCUACCUUUUCUGUGGAGGACUAUUCCUCUGUGGCUUUGUUUUAGGAUGCUGCCUCAUCCCGUUCUGUGUGGAUCGUCUGAAAGAUGCCAAGCACACCUGUCCUACCUGCAGGACUGUCCUGGGAGUGUAUAAACGCUUAUAAACCGGCGGCUCAUAUAUAAAUCACCUGAUCUGAAAUAAAACACACCUAAAAUCA